GACGAGCAAGGUGACGACUGGACGAAGCAUGGGCAUCAAGCUCAAGAGCAAAGCCGGAAGAGACGGCAAGAUGAUGCACACACCACUGGCUCAUCAGAUUGCCGAAGACAAGGCAGGGCGGCCGCUCAAGGUCAAGUCUGAGCGCAAGCAGAAAAAGACAGGGAAAGGCGCAGAUGAUGAUCAAGAGGGCGUACCGCAGAAGGCUCGAGCAGACUUGACGAAACGCAUCCUGCAUUUGGCGCGAGAACAGCAAGACGAAGAAUUAGCUCUGCAGCAAGGCAACCUGCCUGAACCUGCAGCUCUGCCAUCACGAACACCGGCGUCCCGGCUUGCGCAAGCCAAAGACGACGCGCUCAGUGAAGAUGAAGAGGAGGAUGAGCUCGAUUUUGACGAGGCAGAAGCGGAGGAAGAAUACGAGGAGAUGACGGACGAGCAGUUUCGGAUGAUGCAAGAAGACAUGAAUCACGAGGCAGGCGAUACGCUCGCUGAUAAGAUCUUGGCCAAGAUCCGGCAACAUGAGGACAGGCUAGCGGGCAAAACAGCACCAAAGUCUGUCUCUGGCGCAGCUGAGCUCAACCCAAAGGUCGUCGAAGUCUACUCAAAAGUGGGUCAGCUACUAUCGCGAUACAAGUCAGGUCCUCUCCCCAAAGCUUUCAAGAUCCUGCCUACGCUACCGAUGUGGCCAACUCUGCUCUCGCUCACUCGGCCGCAGAACUGGACCCCUCACGCGACCUAUGCCGCCACACGCAUCUUCGCUUCCAAUCUCGAUCCGCGCCAGAGUCAGAAUUUCUUCCAGGAGAUCCUACUCGACAAGAUCAGAGAGGAGAUUGCGAUGGAAAAGAAGCUCAGCGUGCAGCUUUAUAUGGCCAUCAAGAAGGCGCUCUACAAGCCUGCAGCGUUUUUCAAAGGCAUCCUCUUUCCCCUUUGCGAGAGUGGCAAUUGCACUCUCCGCGAAGCUGCAAUCGUGGGCAGUGUGCUCUCGAAAGUGAGUGUGCCUGUAUUGCACUCGGGAGCAGCGCUGCUCAAGCUUGCCGAUAUGGAGUACUCGGGUCCGAACAGCUUGUUUAUUCGCGUGCUGCUCGACAAGAAGUAUGCGCUGCCGUACAAGGUCGUCGAUGCGAUCGUCUUUCACUUUAUCCGCUUCAAGCACGAUUCGAGGCAGUUGCCAGUACUCUGGCACCAAUCUUUCCUCGUCUUCGUCCAGAGGUAUAAGCAAGAUCUGACAGAAGAGCAAAAGACUGCAUUGCUCGAGGUAUUGCGGAUCCAGAACCACGCUCAGAUCACACCGGAGAUACGGCGAGAGAUUGCGUCGAGUGUGCCGAGGGACGCAGAAGUAGAGAUGAUGUUGUAGAUUCUGUUGUCAAUGUACAUCUGCCCCAUUCACCUCUUCGCUACUGUGCGGUGUUGACGUUGUGAGGCCCCGUGUGUACCAUCUAUCCCGCUGCUCGCCUGGUCGCUCCAAAGCGUUCAGGCAAUAGUACGCCUCGCUCAACCCAGCACGCCAAUCUUGUUCCUUUUCGGCUUCGUCCGGAUCCGCAGGCUCAUGAUCAGAGAUGGACGUAAACGGCUCGGAAGGCACCCAUUCACAUCGAUGGAAGGAAAUCCCUGUCGAAAAGGCGUCGAUGGCCGUCAGGAGUAGGUCAUAAGCAAUCUGGUAGCACCCUGGCAAGCGCUUUUGGGCAAUAUCGAGCUUCUGAUCGAAUUCGAUCUCGUCGGUCUCGUCGUCGAGCUGAGCAAGACGGACGAGAGCGGCGCAGAUAAGAG